UUGAAUCACAGAAUAAUGUAUGGUGUCACUGUCACAUUGUUUUGUUUGUUUCACGAUGUCGAACUUGUCUCAAUUUUUUUAGUUUUGAAAUUUGCUCACUAUUUGUGUGAUUUCUAUUUCAAUAAGGCCUUUGCCAGUGUAACCGUGGCGGGAAGACGAAGGAGAUCCAAAAUAGACAUGGAUCUAAAAAGCAGAGAAGACCCAAUCGUCACCAAACUAGAUUCAUCAGAAUUUAAAUCCUUGUUUACCAAAGAGGUUAUGGAUCUGAAGAGUCUCUUUGAUAAAUACCAGUAUGAAAUUCGAAUAGCUGGUGGGGCAGUAAGGGAUCUUCUAAUGGGACAGCAGCCUAAAGACCUCGACUUCGCCACCACAGCAACUCCUCAGCAAAUGAAGGACAUGUUCACUGAAGAAAGUGUGAGGAUGAUCAACAUGGCGGGAGAGAAGCACGGGACUAUCACUCCCCGGAUUAAUGAUAAAGAGAACUUUGAGGUGACAACCCUGAGGAUAGACAUGGUGACUGAUGGACGCCACGCCGAGGUUGAGUUCACUACUGACUGGAAACUGGAUGCUAAUAGAAGAGAUCUCACUAUUAAUUCUAUGUUCCUAGGAUUUGAUGGCUCUGUCUAUGACUACUUCUUCGGGUAUGAUGACUUGCAGAAGAGGAGGGUAGCAUUUGUUGGAGAUGCUGAUGUGAGGAUCAAAGAGGAUUACCUCAGAAUACUGAGAUACUUCAGGUUCUAUGGGCGCAUUGCCAGUGCACCGGACAAUCAUGAGGAGGAGACCUUGACAGUAAUUGCCAAUAAUGUGGGAGGGCUACAGAAUGUGUCCGGCGAGAGAAUAUGGAUGGAACUCAAGAAAACACUCCAAGGCAACUUUGCCUUUGAACUGUUGAAGACUAUGUUGAAAGCUGGGGUUGGAAAUUACAUAGGGUUACCCUCCAAGCCCAACAUAGAAGAGUUGAAUAAAUUGCAGCAAAGGAGUGGUCACCUCGGCCUGCACCCCAUGAGCUACCUGGCGGCGCUGCUGAGAGACAUGGACGAGGUCACGGUGCUCCACAGCAGACUCAAGUUCUCCAGCUUUGACAAAGACCUGGCAUACUACCUGGUCGAACACAGGGGUGAUAAGGUCGCAGAACGACCACUUAUGCCAUAUGAAAAACUAGUAAUCAAUGCUUCAAUGAAAAAGGAUAUUGCUGUUGAGUAUGUCCGAGAAGUCCUCAAAUACAGAGGAGAUGAGAAACUGCUGGAUCAGUUCAACAGCUGGGAGAUGCCCAAGUUCCCUAUCGGGGGCAAGGAAUUGAAAGACAAUGGAGUCCCCCCGGGCAAAAUGUAUGGAAAAAUUAUAGCCAGGCUGAGGGAGAUGUGGAUAGAAAAUGAAUACAAGCAAACUUCCAGUGAUUUAGUGAAAUUAAUACCUAUUGUUUUAGAGGAAUUUGAGAAUCUAAAAAUAAAGAAAGAUAAAUAAUUUA